CUGUGAAACGCCAGGGUGCCGAGUGGGAAGCGUUUGGUUCCCCAGAAAAUUUUCAGAGGAAGGGUUUUUACGACUGUCAUAAACCCCUUCUCCUCUCUCUCAUUCACCAUUUUUAUCAUCGAAACUGCUGCUGGACUCCUCGCCUGUUACACCCCCCUCUAUUCUGUUCAGCAGUUGUAAAUGGCGGAGAAAGGAGGAAAUGGGUUCAAGGGAGGAAAACCUUCUCUCAAAUCUCCAGCAUCCUUGAAAGGGAAGGAUGAUAGCUCAGCAAAAUCAAAGAGGGGCAGGAAAGUUAAGUUUGAUUCAGAAGAAGCAAAAACCAACAUACCCUCGAAUACUGGUGGAAAGUUUGAUUUUCUGAAUGCUAAAGGUGAUUGGGGCAAAGGAGGAAAAGGAGACAAGAUUGUGAAUGGCGGUAAGAGUCCUGUCACUCCUGUAACCAAAGAACUUGCUCCGUUGGAGCUCAGAGUCGAGCAAGAACUUCCAAAGAACGCGAAAUGCCUGAUGGACUGUGAGGCGGCACAUAUAUUGCAAGGAAUUCAAGAGCAGAUGGUCAUGCUGUCCGAAGAUCCAACAAUCAAGCUCCCAUUAUCAUUUGACAAGGGACUUCAGUAUGCCAGGAGCACUAGCCAUUAUACAAAUUCGCAGUCUGUUAGACAAGUGCUUGAUGCUCUCAAAAAACAUGGUGUCUCUGAUGGCGAGAUGUGCAUGAUUGCCAACACGUGUCCAGAAUCUGUGGAUGAAGGGUUUGCUUUGGUCCCAUCCUUGAAGGGUAAGAAGAGCAAGGUUAAGGAACCCCUCAAAGAUGCAUUGAGUGAACUGGCUAAGCUUAAAGACUCGACAUAAAGCCCCUAAUGAGAUCCAUGGUUUCGCCUAUGUUGGGAGUUUGGUAAUUGUGGAUUUGGCAGCAGUAACUUGGUCAGAGCUUCCCAAUGCAGGCAGUAGAAUCCAUUAUCCUUUUGUUGAAAUUUGAUGUUUUUAUUUGGUCCAUAUAAGACCACCUUUUGAUUAGAGAAGCUCUAGGUGUUUUUAGUUCUAAGAAUCUGUAAUCAUCUUGCCUUUAAUGGUUUUGUAUACCUGUGUAUUGUUGUAGAAUCUGUCAUCAUAAUUGACAUUUUCUACAAAAAUGGCAAUUGGUAGGUUCGUUCUCUUGUCA